CAGCGGCUUCUCUUCGUUGCCUAGACCAGAAGAAAGCCGGGACGUGACGGAGCCGGGGGGGUUCUACUUGCUGGAGGCCCGUUAAACCAUCGCUGAUUACAGCUUCCUCACAGUUUUUCUUCGUCGCAUCAAGAGACGUUUGUGAACUUACUUGACUCUUCAUAUUUUUCAUCUUGUAACUAAUUUCAUAAAAAAUGUCCUGGCAAAGCUACGUGGACAACCUGAUGAGUGAUGGCAGCUGCCAGGACGCGGCCAUUGUUGGGUACCAUGACGCCAAAUACGUCUGGUCAUCGUUUAGCGGCGGUACCUUUGCCAACAUAACGCCUGAAGAAAUCGACGUGUUAAUAGGAAAGGACCGAGAGGCAUUCUUUACCUCUGGGAUGACCCUAGGCAAUAAAAAGUGCUCCGUAAUCAGAGACAGCCUCCAAAUUGACGGCGACUGGACAAUGGACAUCAGGACAAAGAGUCAAGGAGGAGAGCCAACCUACAACGUUUCUGUAGGCAGAGCUGGCAAAGCAUUGGUUGUUGUCAUGGGGAAGGAAGGUGUCCAUGGAGGGCAGCUCAACAAGAAAGCAUUUCAGAUGGCUGAGUACCUGAGGAAGUCCGGAUACUAAAGCAGCCUGUACCCAGCCACCUAGCAGCUCAUCCUUACCACCCUGUUGCAUUUCACACUACUUCCAGUCCUAGUUGGUAGUUAAUUUGUUUUUAUUUUUUUCUUCUGCCUUUUCUCCUACCUAUUUGUUAUCCUGUAUUUUUUUGUCAUCCCCCCCCCCUUCCCCAGCACACCUGCGCUGUGUACUUGUUCCCUCUCAAGCACUAUAAGUUGAUCCAUAGCAAAGAUGAACAUGUUGCUAACAGGGUGUCAUGACAAAUCUGUACGUAACCAAGACCAGCAAAAAGAUUCUGGCCAAACACUCGUAUAAGGAAGGCGACCGUGUCGUUUCUGAAGUAGACAUUUCUUUUUCUAUCACGUCAUAGUGCCCGUUGCCUAAUUCCUCCCAAACCCAAUCAUACACACCCCCUCCCCAAUGCCUUUGGAGCACUUGAGCUUUAGCCAAGCUCGUCAUGUCUUCCUCUUUUAACCCCUCCCCCAAAUCAUCUUUGGGAGGGCACACUGCGUGCAUAUCUAGAUUCUCCCCCCCCCCCCCCCCCCCCCCAUAAAGUUCCUUCCAGCUUCAUGUUUCCUCAUCCUGUUUGCUCAAAGCAGACUACACUACUAACCUCACAGACUCAUCUUCAUCAAACAACCAGAUGUCACUGAACAGGUCCUUUUGUCCCCCCUCCUUUCAGAUUCACGGCUCUGUCCUUUAUAACCUUUUUAUUAAAGGGUGGGGGCACAGCUCAGUUAAUGAUCAUUAGCGAGCACUGGUGUCGUCAAGAUGCUGUAAACCUCUCCUCUCACCAUCACACCUUCCCUUACUACAUGAAAAAAACCCCAUGGACAUUCCACAGUAACAAUGGCUCAGGCACUUAAUACUGUUUAUGUUUGCCAGCUCCUGUAAUAUAUAUUUUCUUUUUUGAUUUAGUUUUUUUUUUUAAAAGGCUGCCAUUUUUGGACAGUAGAAAUCCCAGCAUAUAACCAUCUGGAAUGUGUCCAGGUUUUUUUUUUCUUUCUUUUGUAUAGGACCAAGUGUAGUCGAAGAUCGGGUGUUUAUACAAUUGCUCUAAAUCAUGUGAAGGAUGACUGCUAACUUUUUCUGACAAAAGAUGCUAACCAGGCAGUAAUACUCACUAUGGUAAAAAAUAUGAAGCUACCGGGAUGGUAAGGGUGGGACUAUAUGAAGUAAAUUGUCAUUUUUUUUCUUUUUUCUUUAUUGUUUAGAAAACAAGCGACUGCAUUUGUACAAACCCACCAUAUGUUGACAACUACAAAACUGUGGAAUAAAUUGCCUUCUGCUCUAUAGUCAGCUGAGCUCUGGGUUAUCACACGGUCUGUCCAUGCUCAGUACUGCUAACUGUAAUGUCCACCUCCAAAAAACACUAUCAAACGUAAAAACGACACUCAAUGGGAGAUGAGAACGGUUGGAAAAAAGACGCCUCUGGUUGUCUUGUUGAAAACUUGACUGCAGAACCUGUGUAUCCUGUGCCAUAAUAUAGAGAUCUGUAGCUGUUGUAAGAUGGAUUUUACUCACUGUCCACUAAAAGUCAUUUCAUUGGCACUUUUCUUUUUUUUAAGCUUCAGCUCCACUGUUUAGGCCUUGUGUAUGUGUACUCAAAACAAUAACCUGUUUCAAGUCCUGUUUGCUGAUUUAUUUCCUUUUUUCCUCACCUCUCUUUUUUCUUACAUCUGGGAUACAGUCUCUUUAAUGCAUCUGAUUUCAUAUGCAUAAAAACAAGAAAUGCCAUAAAUUGAUUUAUCACCUUGUUUACAGACAGAUCAAAUAAAUUUAUUCCAACCAGA